GCUCGAACCUUGCAAGUACCCUCUCAUAUCAGAUCACAUCCACCUACUCUUUCAAGUUCAAAUCAAUUCGAACUCUUUUUCCUACGACUAGCCAUAUAUUUGCGCGCCACCGUAGUAAAAGAGUCACCAUCAUCAUAAUCACCACGAAUCCCCCCUCGGCGUGUGUGUCUGUGAGCUUGCUUCCUUUUCUUCCGGGAAGCCAUGUCUUCAGAACCCACGAGUGGUGUAUUGGAGCAGGGCGAGAAGCCUACAGCCAUGGCUCCGGUUCCAGAAACGCCAACAUCCCAGAACACAUCGUCCUCCGCAUCAGUAUCUUCGGAAAAGCCAAACGAUGAAAGUCCACCGGCAGAAGGACCUGAAUUCAAACCCACCAUGCGACUAAUCCUCGCAUUUGCAGCUCUUUCGGUCUUGACGCUCAUGGUCGCGCUGGACGGCACCUCGAUAAGUGUAGCCUUACCCAUCAUUGCGAGGAAACUGCAUGGGUCCGCCAUCGAAGCCUUCUGGGCCGGCACCUCAUUCCUGUUGGCAUCGACGGUGCUCCAGCCGACGUUCGCGUCCUUCAGCCACAUCUUCGGUAGGAUGCCCGUCAUCAUGGUUUCGAUCACCUUCUUCUUCGUCGGUGUCGUGAUGGCCGCCCUUUCCAACAACUUUGCCCUCCUGCUUACCGGCAGAUCGAUCCAGGGCAUUGGUGGUGGUGGUAUCAUCACAAUGUCAGAGAUUGUCGUCACCGACCUCGUCCCUCUGCGUUACCGAGGCCAGUGGGCUGGUAUUCUAGCCGGCAUGUGGUCCAUCGGUUCGGUGGGUGGUCCGAUCAUUGGCGGUGCCUUCGCACAGGUACAAUGGCGCUGGAUCUUCUGGAUCAACCUACCAUUCAUCGGCGUCGGUGUUGUCAUGGUACCCCUCUUCCUGAGGCUGAACAUCAUCCCGCAGAGUAUCGCCGCCAAACUACGCAGAGUCGACUGGAUCGGAACAGUCAUCUUUGUCGGCAGCAUGACCAGCUUCCUCAUACCUCUUACCUGGGGUGGCGUCAUGUAUUCGUGGUCCUCGUGGAGGACUUUGGUUCCUCUCCUCAUCGGCCUUGCCGGGAUGGUCGGCUUCUGCUUCUACGAGGCCUACCUGGCCCCUGAACCACUCUUGAGACUUUCGGUCUUCCGUAACCGCACGACCAAUAUUGCAUAUCUCACGACCACGCUUCACGGCAUGAUCCUCUGGUGCCUAUUGUACUACAUGCCUUUGUACUUUGAAGCUGUCAAAGACUACUCACCGGUCAUUUCUGGAGUUGCUUUAUUCCCUUCGACCUUUACCGUUGCCCCGAUGGCUGUGGUGACCGGUAUCCUGAUCACACGAUUCGCGUCGUAUCGUUGGGCCAUCUGGUUGGGCUGGGCCAUCUCAACACUUGGUCUGGGUCUACUUGUUUUGCUCAAGGUCCACACGAGCAUUCCACAGUGGAUCUUUAUCGACCUUAUUUCGGGCAUUGGUCUAGGGAUCUUGUUCCCGGCCCUGCAAUUUGAGCUGCAAGCUGCAAGCUCCAGUCAGGACAUGGCAUUCGCGGUGGCUGUAUUUGUUUUCACUCGAAGCCUGGGGCAGACCUUUGGAAUUGCGAUUGGCGGUGUCAUUUUUCAAAAUCAAAUGGUGAAAAACUUGGAAGCAUACCCUGCUUACGCAGCACAAGCUUCUGAGCUAGCAAAGGAUGCUGCUGCAUUGGUGGAGAUCAUAAAGAGAACGCCACAGGGAGAAGGCAAAUUGCAGCUCAUCACAGCGUACACCGACAGUCUGAGAACGGUGUACAUUGUGAUCGCGGCGAUAUCGGGAGUCUGCUUGGUCGCCAGCCUUUUCGUCAAGGCUUACGAUUUGAACGUCGGACUGGAGACAGAUCAAGGGUUGGUGGAAAGCUCGAGAGGGAAGGAAGUCAAAGUUGAGGAGGGGCAAGGAAACAACUGAGAAUACAGAGCAAUAUGUGAUUAUGCAAAUGACGACUGAAUGAAUCAACUGCAGGCUUGCAGGACGCAUGAGGAGAUGGUCGCCCACUUGAUUUGGGCUUUCUCGAGGUUCGGACUAUAUUCCACUCUUAUAAUUGCAUCGUUAGACUCGAUAGAAUGUACAAUACUCCGUACCUGAUGCACGAAAUAUGGA